AUGAAUUGGAGAUUUUCCGUCAUUGAACGUCUGGCAGCAGAUGAUUCCCCAGAGAAUACCUUCCGUGAGGGAUCAUACACCAGUGUUACAGGUGGCGGCUGGAAACGAGGUGUUCCCAUGCUCUUCUUGACUGACAGUGGUGAAAAUCGACGACAACGGGAAAGUGUGGGUAGUCUCAUCCGAGCUAUCGGAAUUGUCAAACCUGCAGAUUGGAUAUUGAACAUCCAUGUAUCUGGGUACUUAUAUCGCUCCCUGGAUCUAUUGACGGAUGCUCUCGAAUAUGCUGGCGGGACAAUCCUUUGUGCAGGCGGGGACAUGUCCGCCGAUUUAUGCACUAAAACCAUCAUCCAAUACCGCUGCAACUUUCUCACUGGGCCGGUCACAGAACUGAUCAAAUUGUCACGACACAUAGCUGGUCUUCCAGCGGAUGUUCGCAGCCAAAUCCGCAUAACCAAGAUUCUUUACACCUCGGAGCCACUAUUACAAUCUCAGCGAGAUCUUCUGAUGGAAAUUUACAACUCUCCCACCAUCUAUUCUGGUCUUGGCAGCGCCGAGGCUGGGUUCUGGGCCGUAUCAAACCCGCAGCUCACCGAUGAUAUUGAAAAGCCAAGCAAUGCCCGCGAUGCAGCAGAAUUCAUCUAUGAUACACGCACCAUGAACAUUGAAAUUCUGGGACGGUCAUCAACCGAGAAUAAUACCGCUCUGAGCCACUUGGUUCCGGAUGGUAGUACUGGUCGCAUUGUGCUCACAUCUCUGCAACGCCUUCGAAAUCCCUUGGUUAGAUAUAACUCCGGUGAUAUCGGAUCACUUCAUAAAAUUCCAGCUGAGAAGCAGCACCUCGUCGCACCAGAUCUUGCGCCAUAUUUGCGGGUGUUGCGUAUUUACGGCCGCGAUAAGGAGUUCAGUUUCAACUGGGGGUCCAACUACUUCCAUUACGACACAAUUCAUAAGAUGAUGCAGACUGAGGAGUACGGGAUUCUCCAGUGGCAAAUUAUACUCGGUUGGGAAGAAGGUCUUCAGGGUGUUGAGUUUAUGGAGGUUCGUGUUUUGCGAGAGUCCCCGGGUGUUGCAAAAAAGCCACUCAUCCCGCAGGAUGAGAUGGCCUCGCGUAUCAAGUUUGCCUUUUUGGUUAUUACCAACCCUCAUUUCAAGGUCGUUGUCAUAAACGAUGUCAAUGAAUUCGAGCGCAGUGGGACUGGUCGCAAAGUGAUUCGGGUUGUUGAUCGCAGAUAG